CAUACCCAGCAGCUAUACGUCGGAUUGACCGUGUCUAAUCUCUAUCCGAGCCCGGCCAUUUACUUUCUUUGAGUUUUAGACGCAUCUCGACUCCAAAGCCGCAGUCAUGUCUCCCAGCCGUGUCGACGAAGGCGCCAAGAAGCCACGCGUUGUGUGUCUUGGUGCUCCCAAGUACGCGGGCGCAGGAUACCUCGAGGAGUUUGGAAACCAAUUCGACUUUGAGGUGCUGGAUGCUGCAGACCGAGCUGAGACGCAACAAAAGCUGCCUGAGCUCAUCAAGCGCGGAGGCCCCGUCGAUGCCUUCAUCAUCCGCAUGGGCACACCCCCGUAUGAGCCGUUUGACGAGGACCUGCUCAAGGCUCUUGCACCCGACUGCCGCAUUAUUACUUCUGCCUCAGCAGGAUUUAAUGAAUUCGACGUUGAGUGGAUGAGCCGGAAUGGCAUCAUCUUCUGCAACUCCGUCGAUGCAGUUGCCGAGGCCACCGCUGAUAUGGCCAUGUUCCUAACCCUCGGCGUGUUGAGGAACGCCUUCACUGCAGAGCGAUCUGCCAGGGCUGGGAAAUGGCGAGGAAAGCCCGGCGUUCUCAGCCCGGCCAGGGACCCAACCAACCUGACACUCGGAAUUGUCGGCCUGGGCGCUAUUGGAAAGUACUUGGCAAAGAAAGCUGCCGCCUUCAACAUGAAGAUUAAAUAUUACAACCGGCGCCAACUUCCCGAAGAGGAAGAGAAGACCUACAACGCUACAUAUUGCUCCACCUUGGAGGAGUUGCUCUCCGCCUCCGACGUGGUAUCCCUAAACUGCCCCCUGAACGCAAACACCACAAAUCUCAUUAGCACCGCUGAAUUUGCGGCCAUGAAAGAUGGGUGCUUCCUCAUCAAUACCGCAAGAGGAGCCGUGGUAGACGAGGCUGCGCUCAAAGUUGCGCUGCAGUCUGGAAAGGUUGCGCGGGCAGGACUUGACGUGUUGUGCGACGAGCCGAAUGUGGACCCUUGGUUCUUGGAGCAGGAAAAUGUUAUUGUGCAGCCGCAUCUGGGCGGUUUGACUGAUGUGGCGUUUCAAAAGGCAGAGCGCGAGUGUUUUGAGAAUGUCAGGGCGCUCUUUGAGUCGGGCAAGGCGAACAGUCCCGUGAACAUGGAUAAGAUCAAGAAGUAA